AUGGAAAAAUACGAGAAACUCGGUAAAAUCGGUGAAGGCUCGUACGGUGUUGUUUACAAAUGUCGAAAUAGGGAUAAUGGACAGAUAGUGGCCAUUAAGAAGUUCUUCGAGACGGAAGACGAUCCACAAAUCAAGAAAAUCGCGUUAAGGGAAAUACGAAUGCUUAAGCAACUGAAACAUCCAAAUCUCGUGUCGUUGCUGGAGGUUUUCAAACGGAAUCGCAAGUUGCAUCUGGUCUUUGAACACUGUGAUCGUACGGUGCUCCAUGAUUUGGAGAAAUAUCCAAACGGGGUACCUGAGGAGUUGACGAAAAAAAUUACUUGGCAAUUACUUGAAGCUUUACGAUUUUGUCAUUCGCACAAAUGUAUUCACAGGGAUGUCAAACCGGAAAAUAUUCUUCUCACCAAAAACGACGUGGUCAAAUUGGCUGACUUCGGUUUCGCUAGGAUAAUCAAUCCCCAAGAAAUGUAUACCGAUUACGUAGCGACGCGGUGGUAUCGCAGUCCAGAGCUCCUCGUAGGCGAUACAGUUUAUGGUCCUCCGGUCGACAUAUGGGCUGUCGGUUGUGUACUAGCAGAGCUGAUUACGGGUGAAGCAUUAUGGCCAGGAAGAAGCGACAUCGAUCAACUUUACCUAAUUAGGAAAACUAUUGGUGAAUUGCUGCCUCGGCAUAUGUCCGUAUUCCGAUCCAAUCAAUUCUUCUUUGGGCUUUCUAUACCUGAACCUGAUCAGCAAGAACCGCUUCCGUUGCGGUUACCGAAUGCAACAAGUGUUCAACUCGAUUUUCUUUAUAAAUGUUUUGAAAUGAGUCCUGAUCGACGGUGGAGCGCGGCAGAACUGCUGCAACAUGGAUACUUCAAUGGAUGGCAGUUACGGCUAAAGCCUGAAGAAGUUGGAACACCAGCUCAAACGGCAUCAAAUUACCUGCCCUAUCUGAAUGGCACUAUGACAACUCUAAAACAGCAGAACUUACCCGCUAACAACAACAAUCGUAGUUAUCUUCCGUCCAUCUGA